CCGCAUCACUUCCCUCUCCUUAACGGCUCCUUCGACGACAAUGGCUGCUCCCCCCACUGAUGGCUUCCCUGCUUCCGAGUUUCCUGUUCUCAACCCGCUCGCGCCCAUGGCGUAUCUACCACCAGAUAUCGGUCGCGAGACCCAAGUGGCGGGUCACAUCAUUUCCGGAACAUUGGCUGUCUUGAUCUGGGACGUUCUCAACAACAUUCCUUCGGAUUAUCGACUUCUCACUCAGUACCGUAUUCGACUGCCGACAAUCACUUACUUUCUAUCACGGUUUUGCUCUCUGGUAUAUGUGCUCUGGAGCUCAAUAUAUUACACUGGACCUGUCGGCAACUGCUUCAAGAACGAGAAAGGCCUGGGAGCCUUCUACCCAGCUUCGGUCUCCCUUUCAGCCCUCCUCUUCUUCUUCCGAGUGCGGAUAGUAUACGAGGGGCACAAAUGGAUCGUCGGGUUCUUCUUUUUCAUGUGGCUGGCGGUCGUUGGUGGCACCCUUACCGUGGGGUUCGGCGUUACGGGGGUCCACAUUGGGCCAACCAACUACUGCUUAAACGCGAAGGUCGAAGAUUAUGUCGCAGCAGCGGCUCUCAUCCCCUUAAUUUACGACACCUCGGUUUUCUUGGCCAUCACGUAUCGUCUUGCAGCCAGCUCGCAUCUCGCUGCUCACAAGAAGGGAGGAUGGUGGGCGAGGAUCUCUGGAGACUACCUCCCCGGUGUCUCUCGUGGCCUAUUGAAGGACGGACAGACCUAUUACAUGGUCACCGUGUUCUCCAACUUGCUCACCGUCAUCAUGAUCUACAUGUCUUCUCUCCCCGCCACCUACCGAACCAUCUUCAGCGCGCCCAACAUCAUGCUCAUCAACGUCAUGGCCUGCCGCGUCUUCAGACACACCAAAUUCGCCGCCUUCAGGGAGUCCACAUUCACAAACUCCACCUCCCUCGCCACAAACAUCAAGAACGCCGCCAUGCUCCCCGUCCAUUUCCGCCAUACGGUGACAGGAAACGGAAUCGAAGAGACCACGACGGACGUCAUCGACCUCAAGCAGAAACACUCCUCGAGUGACUACAAGUCACCUGCUACGCCCUACUCUGGGGCAAGCUCAGGCUUUGGUAUCGAAUUUACGAGGCCUGCAGAAGAGCAUGCGAGAGAGGAUAGGAUAACCGGUUAUCCGCCUCAUUACCCAUCGAUCCGCAAGUAUCCAAGCUCAGACACUCGUUUCUGA